UUUGAUUUUGUUUACCGGCUCACUAAACCGAAUAGUUUACUAAAAAUUACGGUAAACCUUUUUUAUAUAUAUAACUGACUUUUAUUCAUAUUUCUCAAACUUGUAGAAAUGUUCGAAUGUUGAUUGGUUAAAGAACUGUAGAAAUUUACUAACUACGGUAAACUUUGGGUGACAAGGGAAUGUUGAUUGGUUAAAGAAUUGUACAAAUUCAAAAAAAUGGGACUAAGAAGAAGAGGUUGAUCAAUGAGGUAGCUUGAUUGUAUAUCAUGACUACCUCACCUGGACCUACAUCUUAAUGUUAAUUAAUCCACAUCUUUUUUUUCUACAAACUCAAUACAUUAAUUCAACUAGAUCUUAUGCUCUAAAGAACCAACCAAGCUGAAUUUAUUUAGAUGAUUUAAAACUAGUGGAAAUAUAAACCAAACUAUGGAACAAAAUAUUCACGAAAAUUGUAAAAGAUCAGAUUAUGAGUGGAAUUGAGAGUCAGUCCAUCGAAUUGUAAAUCGUUUUUGAUAAAUCUAAACAGUUCAACUAUGAUAUGAAUAAUGGGAUCUGCCUCUAUUUUAAGUAAAGACAUUUGCCCACCACAAGAUAGUAAUAAAUUAUUAUUACUGCUUGCACUUGCUAGGAAAUGGUUGUGAUAGAUAGUCGUUGGACACGAGACUUGGACUUCUCAAACUUUCUUUUACGCACACAGUAUUGGAGAAUAUUCAAUUGUGACAAGCUCUCACUAUUAUAUAUAGAGUAUAUGUUGUAUUUAUCUAUGCAGAAGAAAAAAAAAACAUGAGGUGUGCACUACUACUCAUGACUCAUCUCUCACUAGUGCUUGUCUUGAUUCUUGCUUCAGCAAAUCUCACCGCUUCGAGAUCUUCUUGUCCGAGCCACUGUGGAAACAUCUCGAUCCCGUAUCCUUUCGGGAUCGGAAAGGGUUGCUAUCUCAACGAAUGGUUUGCAAUUCAAUGCAACAAUUCCAUUUCUGGAGCUCUUGUCCCCUAUCUACCAAAGAUUAACAAAGAAGUUGUCAAAAUCUCUCUACCGGAUGCAAAUGGUUUUUUCAAAACCACCGAAUCAUACGGGUCACUAGGCAUCAAAACCAACGUAACUUCCAUGGGAUGUUCCAACAGCAGCGAUGAAACAAAAUUUGGUGAGCCUUUGAAUUUUAGUGGCUCCCCUUUUACUAUUAGCCGUUCCAACAUCUUCCAAGCUAUCGGCUGCAACUACAAGGCAACCUUGACACAUCUUGACCCCGCAGUGGUGGGAUGCAUCUCGACUUGUGAGCCAAGAAAGAUAGGAGAUCAUACAACAAGCUGCCGUGGUAACAAAUGCUGCCAAGUAGACCCACCUAGUGAGAUUGGAGAGGUAGUCGGUAUCAGUAUGGAGGAAAUCUCUAGUAGCAUAACAAGAGAAAGAGGAUGUCGAGUAGCCUUCUUAACAGACGAAAAUCAAGACCCUCUAGGGUACCGUGAGGCUAAAGUAACUGAUCCAAAUUGGUUUUACGAUAGGCAAUAUGUUACACUCCAACUGCGGUGGGCAAUUCCGAUGACUAAUCUCUCGUUUAUCAACUCCUUGGGAUGCACGAUGAGCUACUCCAGCCCUAGCGUUAGUCCUUGCAUAUGCGUGAAUAAUACAAACGAUAAGAUAAGCAGUGUAGGUUGUGCAUGCCACAAGGGUUACACAGGCAACCCAUAUGUUCUGGGUGGAUGUAAAGACAUUGAUGAGUGCCAACUCGACAAGGGUAACUACGAAAAUUGUAGGCCACAAGGAGGCACUUGUGUGAAUACUCCGGGAAGCUACCAGUGUGUAUUCAAGAAGUACAAGACUAUGCCAGUUACUAUGGGACUAUGUGUAGGUUUUGGUGUACUGAUGAUGGUUUUCGCUGUAGCUUUUCUGUUAUGCAAAUUUAUCAAAAAGCAAAGGAAGAUCAUUGGCAAAAGAAAGUUGUUCAGACGUAAUGGAGGUUUAUUGUUGAAACAACAGUUGACUUCUACAGAAGGCAGCAUCGAGAAGACAAAAGUAUUCACCUCGAAAGAGCUAAAGAAAGCAACUGAAAACUUCAGUUCAACAAGAGUGCUUGGAAAAGGUGGCCAGGGCACUGUGUAUAAAGGAAUGCUUGUAGAUGGUAGAAUCGUAGCUGUGAAAAAAUCUACCGUUGUAGAUCAAGACAAGGUGGGAGAGUUCAUUAAUGAGGUUGUCAUUCUAUCGCAGAUCAACCACAGAAACAUAGUGAAACUCAUAGGCUGUUGCCUUGAGACAGAAGUGCCUCUUCUAGUUUAUGAGUUUGUUUCUAAUGGUAACAUUUUUGAGCAUCUUCAUGGUGAGUUUGAUGAGUCCGCAAUGACUACUUGGGAGAUGCGUUUGCGCAUUGUCAUAGAUAUUGCUGGAGCUCUUUCGUACCUCCACUCAUCAGCCUCGACUCCGAUUUUUCAUAGAGAUGUCAAAUCUACAAAUAUAAUGUUGGACGAAAAAUAUCGAGUUAAAGUGUCUGACUUCGGCACUUCAAGAUGGGUAACUGAUGAUCAUACCCACCUAACUACUGUGGUUUCAGGUACAGUUGGAUAUGUGGAUCCGGAGUACUUCCAGACUAGCCAAUUCACCGACAAAAGUGAUGUGUAUAGCUUUGGGGUGGUGCUAGUGGAACUCAUCACCGGAGAAAAGCCCAUAUCCCUUGUCCGGUUUCUAAGAAACAGAACACUGGCAGCUUAUUUCAUUCUUGCAAUGGAAGAGAAUCGACUCAUCGACAUUAUUGACCCUCAAAUCAGAGCUGAGUGCAAGCUAGAGCAAGUCAUGGAGGCAGCACAACUUGCAAGGAGGUGUCUAAAGCUUACUGGAAAGGAUCGACCGAGCAUGAGAGAAGUGUCGAUGGAGUUAGAGAGAAUUCGCUCACCAAGUAAAGAUUUACAGCCAAAUGUUCAUAUUGUCAAAAACAAUGCGGAGGAAGCAGAUAUUGGUGUGGAAUCGUGUAGCGUUGAUACAACUUCAACGUUAGAUGCCGAGCCGUUAUUUCCUGGUCAAACAUGGUGACCAUCACAUUUUCGAUAUGAUUGGAUGAUUUCGUGAUAUUAGUAUAAGUAUUGUAUAGUAUAUAUCAACUAGACGAAUAUGACUAUAAAGUUCUAAUGUAUGAAAAACAUGUGAUAAGCGGUGUAUAUCUGCGUUAUGGUUUCCAUUUGUAUUAAACUAAGUACUAUUAUGGUAGUUGUUGAAUAUGCACUGAUUUGAAUGAUAUGUUUCUUU